UUUAUUAUUACACGUGCUGAUACGAACAGCGGACCAUUUGUUUUGUUUAUUAUUAUUUUAUUUGGCUCUACCAUGUCGGAUUCAGACAGUGACUACGAAGUGGAGGCAUUUGUUAAGCCCAAGCGUGUUCGGCGCACAGUCCACGGUGAUUCUGCCGAUCUUCUGGGUAAUUUUGAUGAUGAGAAGCGCCAACAGAUUUUCGAUGGAACUUAUGUGGACAAAGAAGAGGAAAAACAAAUUUCCAGUGAAUCCGAGAAAGACGAAAGCGAACCCGAUGAAGAAGGAAAGCCAGAUAACGAGGAGGACAAGAAGCAAUCCGGAUCCGAGCAGGAAGAAUCAGAAUCGGAGGAGGAAUCGGUACCAGAAGGUCAUAUAACAAAGAAUCAAUUGGACAGCCUUUUGCGCGGAGCCUCUAAGACCAACAGACAUGUCCUCUAUGUGACAAAUCUAAACUUUGAGACCACAAAAGAUGAUCUAGAAUUGCACUUCUCUCGCGUAGGAUCAGUUAGAUCCAUAAGGAUUCCAAAGAAACGCCGCGGCGGCUUUGCCUUUGUUGAGAUGAACGAUUUGGAAAGUUUCCAGAAUGGCUUCCAGUUGCAUAAUACUGAACUACAAGGACGUAACAUAAAAGUCCAAAUAUCCGAAGCAGGCAAAAAGAAAUCGGCCAACAAGAAGAAUAUAAUCAAACAAAAAAAUCGAAAGCUAGCCGAGAUGCGUAACGAACAGAAGACUUUCACCAAAAGCGGCAAGUUCUAUGACAAGGAUCUGAAGAAGGAAAAGGCCAAGGAACUGAAAGCCAGAAAAAGAUGGCGCAAACCGGCAUCUAGACCUAAACCAUAAAUAAAUUCAGUGCAAAACUAAA